CGUUAAAAUGGCCAUGGACGGGUCGACGUCCACGUCCUCAGCGGGACUGGCUUAUCACAAUAAUGUGGAUUACUACCCCAGGAAAUUCGGUCCUAAACCAGACGUGGUGCCGUCCGGAGUGACCGAAAGGAAAGUGGGACCGCUGGAAACUCCCGACAUGAUGUCGGUUGAUGUCAUAAACAUCAAGGAUACAGAUGUCCCCAUGCACAGAAAGAAGCAAGAGUUUGACACCUAUGUUUUGGGCACUAUUCAUCCAUUUAGGAGGACACACAGGUCCUUGCUUGGGAGACUCUCGCAAGAAUUCAGGCUGGUGGCCUCAGAUAGACAGUCAUGGAGGAUCCUGCUUUUUGGAGUGCUCAACCUCGUGUGUACCGGCUGUUUACUAAUGUGGUGUAGCUCUACUAACAGUAUGGCUUUAACAGCCUACACAUACCUCACCAUAUUUGAUCUCUUCAGUUUGAUCACCUGUCUUAUCAGCUCCUGGGUGACCAUGAAGAAGCCAAGCCAACUGUACUCCUUUGGGUUUGAAAGGGCGGAGGUGUUGGCAGUGUUUGCGUCCACUGUUCUUGUCCAACUAGGAGCGUUAUUCAUCCUAAAGGAGAGUUUUGAGCGCUUUAUGGAGCAGCCCGAGGUCCAUACUGGUCGUCUGCUGGUGGGGAUGUUUGUAGCUUUGUUCUUCAAUCUGCUGACUCUGCUGUCUGUCAGAAACAAGCCGUUUUCCUACGUCUCAGAAGCGGCCAGUAGCAGUUGGUUGCAGGAACAUGUGGCAGAUCUGAGUGGCAGUUUGUGUGGCAUCAUCCCAGGUCUCAGCAGCGUGUUGCUGCCUCGUAUGAACCCCUUUGUUCUGAUCAACAUGGCAGGAGCGCUUUCUCUCUGCAUCACCUACAUGCUCAUUGAGAUAAAUAACUACAAUGCUGUGGACACAGCUUCAGCUGUAGCCAUUGCUCUGAUGACCUUUGGCACCAUGUAUCCCAUGAGUGUCUACAGUGGCAAGGUGCUCCUGCAGACCACACCAUCCCAUGUCAUUGGCCAGCUGGAUAAACUGUUGAGAGAGGUUUCAACCCUCGAUGGAGUACUAGAAGUCCGUAACGAACACUUUUGGACAGUGGGAUUCGGAUCACUGGCUGGCUCCGCUCAUGUCCGUAUCCGCCGUGAUGCUAAUGAGCAGCUGGUGCUGGCCCACGUCGCCAAUCGCCUGCUGCCACUGGUCUCCACCCUUACUGUCCAGAUCUUCAAAGACGAGUGGACGAGGCCCCCCCUCCUUACUGGGACCCUCUCAUCCACUGGCCCCCAACACUUGGGGCCUGUUGAGGACUACAUGGCUGUUCCCUCUUCUUUCUCUUCCUUUUAUCCACCAGGUCUCCUGUCUGCUGGAGGAGAGAUGGACCCGAUGACCUCCACACCCUCCAAACCCAGCAGCUCGCCACCUGAGUUCUCUUUUAACUCGCCAGGGAGGAACAUUCAGCCCAUGGUGCUGCCCACCCCCGGGCACCACAUGCACAGGCCCUAUGCAGGCCUGGGACUCAAUUACGGAUCCUCUGCUUCCAUGGGGAUAUUAGGCCAGGGACAGGCACGAUCAGGGGCUGGAUUGGGCUUGGGAAUACAGGGCGUCGGGCCUGCAGCCAGUGCUGGGAUGGGAUUUGGACUUGGGGCAGGUGCAGCAGGGAUGCCUUCCUCUCAAAACUAUCGCAGUGCCUUAGGCUCAACGGUGCCGCUGCAGUUUGGAACCAGCAACCAACUAGCAUCGCAGUCACAGUACAGACAGUACAGACCCUAACUAAAUAUCGGACAAGGAGAGUUAGGUCCUGCGCCAGGCUGAAGACUGGGCUAGUACUUUUCAAAUACUUCCAUGUAACCUAAUAUGACCUAACCAUUGCUAGGUCAUGUGUUCACACCUGAGGUCAGAAAUUAACCUGAAAUUCUGAUAGCCUUCAAUUCAGAUAUUCAGAAUCGUAAUCUGUAAUUUUUGAUCCAGUCAGAUGGGAUCACAUCACAUGCUUUGUCCCCAGUUUGGCCCAUCUGGGACUUCAGGGACUUCAGGGGAUGUUUUUGACUCUCCAAUUAUCAAACUCCCCCAGUUGAAAGGAUUUGUUUUGUAAACCAGGUGCUUCAACUUGUAGUGUAACCCCCCCCCCCACCCUUUGUUUUAAAAUGGGCUAUAAUAUGAGCGAUAAAAAAAGGAAUAUACUAUGGUAUUUAUUUUGGUGAUAAUGGGACCAAGGGAGGAUCCAACUAUGGUAGAUAAUCUGUUUUGUAUCUUUUUUAUUUUAUUUUAUUUUGAUUGAGAAAUAAAAGUAUAUACAAAUAUUGUAACUAGCAAAUUAACAGCAAAUUUUUAUUUUUUGUUCUGAAUCCCCCAUCCUAUUGUGCAUUGUCUGUAUUAAAAGAAAUUGAAUAAUAUUGUGGAUAUAAAUCUAAAAUCAAUACAACAUUCCUUCAACGUGCAAUAGGAUCUUGAUGACUCCCACUCAGCAGCCACAGUCCCAAAGGGACUCUAAGGGAAACUUGAUUCUGUAAAACUGGGGCAGGGGUCUUCCUUUUUUUUUUUUCUCCAAAAAUGUAACAUUUGAUGCUCUGGUAGAAUAUUUUACCUUUUUCCAAUUUCUUGAAUAACAUUAAGUCACUAUGUGAAUGCUAAAGGCACCUAAAGUUUUUUCUGAUUCACAUUCUAAAGAUUUGUUUUCCAGACGUGAUAGAAAGGCAAAGGCAAAUGCACCCUUUACCUUGUUUGUCACUAAUAUUUCACCUCCUGGAACCCCAGAAAUGGCUAUUUCAGAUUGGACUGUAUAUCUAUUUCAGAUGCGUCAAAAAAGGUUUGAAACCCAGUGGAUAAAAAGACGACUGCAUGAUUUUAUUUUUUAUUUUUUUUAAAGUGAUUUGAUCGAAGGUCCCCAAAAGCUAACAGCCCUUAAGUUACAAUUAGCCUUGAUGAGCCAGUUAGCAUUUUGUGACCCUUAAUCAAAUUGCGUUUUCUUUUUUAUAGCUGUGCAGUCAUCUGACAACAGAAAAAUAAAGUUAUGUCAAUAAUAACGCGUGUAUUGUGUUGAAUGCUGUGUUAAAAAACAAAACAAGUAAUGAUAUACAGACAACAAAGUUGGCUUUUUAAUAUUUCGGGCAAUGGGGAGAACCGAUCUUUAGCUUCUAUUCUGAUGAAGCGGAAGUAUGUCAGCCAUGUGUGUGAAAAAGGGCUGUUCUGGUGUCAUGUGACCACAGCACUCCACGAUUUGUUUCCCCCCAUGUUUCUACACGUUUGUGGCAAGUGGGGGGUAAAUUAAGGACGUCCCUUGCGAUAUCCAGAUUGUGGCCACAUCUAUGUCCACAUAUAACUGAGAUGUGAUAGCAGUGCGAGCCAGGCCACUUAAAUAUGUAGAUUUUACUGCAGAGCCCUCGACUCUCCUGGACUCCUUAACUUUUCAGAAAUGGUUGAUGGUUUGUAUGUUACACAAUCCUCACGCUCUUUUAGUUACCACUGGUUUUACUCUGCUUCUGCUUGGAAAGUAUGAUGAAGGCAAUUGAUACAGUUGUGUUAUCUCACAUAAUGUGUAGUUAGGUGUAAAUUAAUGAUAGUAUUGGUCUUAGUAUGUAUUUUUAUUAAUGUGUUUAUGUGAAUUGUAA